AUGGCGGUAUUCCGAUAUUCGAAGGAGGAGGUGGAUAAUUUGCUAGGUUUAGUAGAUGUUUGGAAUACAAUUGCCUUUUGUGUGGUUGAAGGAUACGGGUCUAGUAGAAGAGCAAACGUUACAGUUGAGACUAUUCAUGGCGAUAUUUUUGACUGUGUGGACAUUUAUAAACAACCAGCUCUUCUGCACCCACUGCUGGACAAAGAAAGAAUUAGGUUUGCAGGCAUUAGCAUAAAAGCGUCCCCAGCAAUAAAUAGAUUUACAGGUGCCUCAACCAUCGUUACUUUGUAUAAUCCACAAGUAAAUGGACCUGGCCAAUACACUUCUGCAACAAUAUUUCUUGAAAGUGGAGAUGCGACAAAUUUAGAGCAGAUACAAACUGGAUGGAUUGUACAUCCACAACUAAAUGGGGACGGACGGACACGGUUGUACACCUACUGGACAGCAGAUGGCCACCAGAAAACAGGAUGUUACAACAGUAUUUGUCCAGGAUUCGUUCAGCUUAGCAGUGAAAUACCAGUAGAUUAUGCUUUCCCAAAAGUCUCCUUGCCACAGUAUGACAGCCAAGAACUGCAGAUUCAGAUCUACAAGGAUCAAGAGUAUUAUCUUCAGCUGUUCUCUGUAUUUGUUAUUGGAUUAUGGCCGGACGACAUAUUCAAGGCUUUGAGAAAUGGGUCGGAGACAGUGAGAUAUGGAGGGCAGGCGCAUACACCAGCUGGUGAAACAGUGAGCCCACCAAUGGGAAAUGGCCAAUUUUGGGCCGGCUAUAAGCGCCUCACUUGUCGCAUGCGCCAAAUCAUGUAUGGUGUGGACAUUGAUCAAGAAGUUCAGCCAGAUGAAUCGUUGGUUCAAACUCAUAGGGAUAGGUGUUACUGUGAAGGGAAUGAAAAUAAUGCCCGAGAUGGUUACUGGGAUUAUAAUUUCUUAUUUGGUGGUCCUGGUAACUGCACUGAUGCACCACCUACUUGUUAACUCAUAUCCAAAUAUUAAGAAGUUAGCAUAUUAUAAUUUCAGAUAACUAAUUAUUGUUGGGGAAUUUAAAUUUAUUUUGGAUGAUUUAAA